AUGAGUCAUUGUGAGAAGAGUUUUACCGAGCGGGGAAAGUCUCCUCUCAUAGAUAUCAACGACUCCGAGCUGCCUAUAGUCAGCAAUAAGUUAUGUUUAACUACUGAAAUAGAUCAUUUUCCAUUCACAGUGUCUAAAUCUCGGAUCGUCCAGCUUGCCCAGCUUAUCAGCUCUGGAAUAACCGUCAUAGAUACACAUCUUGGUGACAAUGGUCUUUCCACGCCAUCGUUCAAUCCAGACAGUCCUGUUCAGGUGGUCACACAAGAAGAUAUGGUGAGAGUAAAGUACGAAGUGCUUGGGGCCACCAUCGAACUUCGGCAGCUUCUUGAAGGGCCUAUGAAACUUCUUCCAGAGUCAAAUUUCGCACCCUUGGCUGCUGUCUAUAACUUCGACAUUGCUUCAAAAGUCCCUAUUGACGUAACAAUCUCCUUUGCUGAUCUAUUCUCGAACGUGAUGUCAAACAAGGGCUAUGUAGCGCACACAGCAGCGUCAAAAAUGCUCGCUGAGAACCAGGUAGCGCGGGACUUGAUGGGCCUUACGUUCCAAGAAUGCUGGCCAGCGCAUAGUCGGGCCGUCGAGGCCAUGGCACACAAGAGCGAGGAUGCCGGCGUUUCCGGCUACGCCCUAGCCAAUAACUUCGCUAAUUCUUCUAUGACUACCUUUGAUUUUCUCUCUAAGAAUGCGGACCGCGCUCAGCGGUUUGCUCGUGCAAUGGGCUCAACUUCAGCGGGUAGUCUGGCUGCGCUGAGCAACUAUUUUGAUUGGGCUAAUGUGCCUCAAGGGGUCCCAUCUCUGAAGAAGGGGGCCAUGAUCGUCAUCCAGGACCACCUUCUACUAGAUCCAGGUACCAUGACGUUAUUGCAGGAAAUGCAAGUUCGGUCUAUGGAUGCUAUAAUGCUUUCUCUGUUCAACUCUAGAGAGCGUGAUGAGGACGACUGGAGACAGCUUUUUUUAAAUGCAAGCACUGGAUUUACGUUCAUAACGAUCAAACGGAUUCCUGAAAGUCCGACGACCGCUAUGAUUACUGCUGAAUGGUCAGGUAAUGGCCCUAUCGCAGGGUAG